AAACAAGCUAGCUACUUCAGUGGCUGUUGAACACAUUUCUACCUGCAAAUUAACACAUUUCUAGAGGUAAAUGUGUUAAAUUAUAGCCAUGGUAUAAAAGGGAUAAUCAACUCGGGUCUCUAUUCGUUCACGGGGAAAAUAAUGCCACUCUGUUGAAGAUAUCCCUCCCUUAUCGAACCUCAACUUCUACUGACCAGCCGGCCCUUCAGAGACCAGAUAUCCCUCCCUAUCGAACCUCAACUUCUUGCGCUUCAGAGGCCAGCUGACUGAUCAAAAAUAAUAAUAAUAAUAAUAACGUUUGGAUUCAUAGUUUUAAAGACACAGAAACUAAGGAAGAGCUAACCAAGCAAACAGACUGCAUUAUAGACUAACAACAGCAGCAGAUGGACUGACUGGCACAGCAGACAGACACAUAUCAACCUUCUGACGACCAGCCGGCGCCUCACGGAAAUGGCUGACAAGCAGAUCAGUUUGCCUGCCAAAUUGAUAAAUGGUGGGAUAGCAGGGCUGAUCGGCGUGAGCUGUGUGUUUCCCAUUGACCUGGCCAAGACCCGCCUGCAGAACCAGCAAAAUGGGUCACGACUCUACACCAGCAUGUCCGACUGUCUUAUCAAGACCAUCCGCUCAGAGGGAUACUUCGGGAUGUAUAGAGGGUCUGCGGUGAACUUAACCCUGGUUACUCCAGAGAAAGCCAUCAAGCUAGCAGCAAAUGACUUCUUCAGACAAUACCUCUCCAAGGAUGGUCAGAAGCUCACCCUGGUCAAAGAGAUGCUGGCGGGGUGUGGGGCAGGUACAUGUCAGGUUAUCGUCACGACUCCUAUGGAGAUGUUGAAGAUUCAGCUUCAAGAUGCUGGGAGAAUUGAGGCCCAGAGGAAGCUGAUGCCAGAGACGGUGGUACCGGGACCGUGCCGAAAGUCCCCCACCGCCAUGCAACUGACCAGGGAACUGCUUAAGGAGAAGGGAAUCGCUGGGCUGUACAAGGGCCUGGGGGCCACACUGCUCAGGGAUGUUCCGUUCUCCAUCAUCUACUUCCCUCUGUUUGCCAACCUGAACGACCUGGGGAAGAGAGGAGCGGAGGGCCCCGCUCCGUUCUAUGUCUCAUUCCUGGCAGGCUGUCUGGCUGGCAGCACGGCCGCCGUGGCUGUUAACCCUGUAGAUGUGAUAAAGACCAGAAUCCAGUCUAUGAACAGAGGGAGUACAGAGGAAACCUACAGCGGGGUGACUGACUGUAUCAGUAAAAUCAUGAAGAACGAGGGUCCCUCUGCGUUCCUGAAGGGGGCGUACUGCCGUGCCCUGGUCAUCGCGCCCUUAUUUGGUAUCGCCCAGGUGGUCUACUUCUUCGGGGUGGGAGAAUACAUCCUCAGCUUCCUGCCUGGCAACUGAGAACAUCAACCAAUCGGAUCUCUGCCUUUCCCUCUCUCCUCACGACUACGUCACGCACGGCACACCCAAAGACACUGGGAUCACCUCUCGUCAUGAAAUAAGGUUUUGAUUGUUUGAACGACGAUCGUUGUUAAAGUACGACGAACACCAAUUUAGGAU